AUGACUGAAAGGUGCAGUUUGUGGAGUGCCCUAUCAGCAGCUGCAUGCUGCUUCUACCGGGGCUCUUUCAUGCAGGUGCAGUUCUCAAAGGAAAAGUACAUUUUGGAUACUCCACCUGAGAAGCUGCACAAAGAGCUGGAGGAGGAAUUAAAACUCAACAGCUCAGACUUGCGCAGCCAUGCCUGGUAUCAUGGUCGCAUACCUCGAGAGGUGUCAGAGAGUUUGGUCCAGAGAAAUGGGGACUUCCUCAUCAGAGACUCACUGACCAGUCUGGGUGACUAUGUCCUGACCUGUCGAUGGAAAAACGAGCCGCUACAUUUCAAGAUCAACAAAGUGAUGGUGAAGACCAGCGACAGCUACACGCGGAUACAAUACCUGUUUGAGCAGGAAAGCUUUGACAACAUCCCUGCCCUGGUGCGCUCCUAUGUGGGCAGUCGGAAAACUGUGUCAGAUCAGAGCGGGGCACUCAUCUACUGCCCAAUCAACCGCACAUUCCCACUGCGAUACCUAGAGGCCAGCUAUGGGCUGUCACCCAGCCGGCAGGGGUCACACAGCCCACAGAAAGGACAUAUGAAGAGAAGAAGCAUUACCAUGACCGAUGGGCUCACUGCAGACAAGAUUACUAAGGCCAAUGGGUGCCCAAACAGCACAUCCUCUCCACAUCACAGAGAUAUCAUCAGGAGCUGUGCAGUCAGUGUGGACCAAAUCCAGGAUUUGCACUCCCCAAUGUCCCCCAUUUCUGAAACCCCUGGAUCCCCAGCCUAUAGUACAGUUGUCCGGGUGAAGCCCCAAGGAGCUCCAGUAGUAAAUAAUGUGACACCUGGCUCUCCUGUGCUGAGACGGUCCAGUGAACCCUACGUCUGCCCAGCAAACAACAAAGCUGCUUUAAAAACAUGGCUGAAAACAACCAUUCCUCACCAAGUCAUGGGUACCCUCAAAUCUCUCCUUCCCCCUCUAUAAACAGUUAUAGUGACCCGGACAAUGCGCAUUACUGCCAGCUUCGCCCAGCUUCCCCAACACACGAUACCCCCAGCAAAACCCUUCCACCCAAGAGCUAUGUUGAGAGGUUAAAAGUGGACGAGGGUGCCCGCGCAGGGGUGAACCGUGGGGUGGAGGACCCUGAUAAGGACAAACUGUGCUUUACUAUCCCUACUGUAGAGGCCAAAUCUUUUUUCAACCCAUCGAGCUUCAAGUCCACACUGAUCCCCCCAGACAACAAGCCCCUGGAGAUGUGUAUACUAAAGAAGGUCAAGGAGCUCUUCUCUGAAGUUGAUGCCAAAACCAUUGCCAAACAUAUCACCAAAACAGACUGUGAGGUUGCCAGGAUACUCGGUGUUACCAAGGAGAUGCAGAGGAUCAUGGGAGUCAGCUCAGGCAUGGAGCUCCUAACACUGCCGCAUGGCCGCCAGCUGCGACUUGACCUUCUGGAAAGAUUUCACACCAUGUCUAUCAUGAUCGCUGUGGACAUCCUGGGCUGCACAGGAAGUACGGAGGAGAGAGCUGCUCUGCUUCAUAAGACCAUACAACUGGCAGCUGAACUGAAAGGCACUCUGGGAAAUAUGUACAGUUUUGCGGCUGUAAUGAACGCCUUGGAAAUGUCACAGAUCUCAAGACUGGAACAGACAUGGGUUACCCUGAGACAGAGGCACACAGAAGGGGCCAUCUUGUAUGAGAAGAAACUCAAACCAUUUCUCAAGAGCAUGAAUGAGGGCAAUGAGAGCCUCCCACUGAGCAAUACAACCUUCCCGCACACAUCAUCCUCUCAUCACUCUUCUGGAGCGAGAUGGCCCUCUGCUAGAUGGAGGAGAACCCUGGGAUAACAUUGACAGUGGUGUAGAAGUGGUGAUGGCUCACCUGGAAGCAGCCAGGAUGGUGGCACAUCAUGGAGGCCUGUACCGGACCAAUGCUGAGAUGAGGCUACAGGGUUUCCACCCCAGAUCGGACCUCCUGGAGGUCUCCAGCACAGAGUUCCAAAUGCGAAUGCUGUGGGGCAGUCGAGGAGCAGCAGGCAGCCAAUCCGAGAGAUUUGACAAAUUCGAUAAAGUCCUCACCGCGCUGUCACACAAACUGGAGCCCUCAGUGCGCUUCAGUGAAUUAUAA